ACUUCUGUCAGUCCUCAAGUCGGCUGUCAACCGCAACAAUGGUUGUGCUGAAAGGAAUCCCGGCGAUACUUACACCAGAAUUACUGUAUGUACUGGCACAAAUGGGGCAUGGAGACGAACUGGUUCUUGCAGAUGCAAAUUUUCCUGUCUCUUCAGUUUGUAAAUGUGGACCUGUGGAGAUACGAGCAGAUGGUGUGAAGAUUCCAGAGCUAUUAAAAGCUAUAUUAAAGCUACUUCCUCUUGAUACCUAUGUUGAACUUCCAGCAGCUGUCAUGGAUCUUGUGGACAGUGAUAAGAGCCGAGGUCUAAAAGUGCCUGUGUGGGAAACCUUUUCUGAACUCCUGAAGCAUGCUGGAUCACAUGGAAAUUUGGAUGUAGUUGAACGGUUUGCUUUCUAUGAGCGUGCUAAGAAAGCUUUUGCUGUCAUUGCCACAGGGGAGACAGCUCUGUAUGGAAACAUCAUCAUCAAGAAAGGAGUCAUUCCUCCUGAAGAGCUAAACUGAGAUCAGUUUCCUUUACCAAACUCUUGGACCAAAUGCACUACUCGUGAUUAGAGUGGUGAAAAUGUGCCGUCCUAAAUACUUGAACAUGGAAGCAGGAAUUGGUUUGUGACCUAGAUUUUGUAAUAAACAUACAGUUCUUUGCAUACAGUUUGUAUGAUGACAUAAGACUUUGUGCUUGUUGGCAUUAUAUCCUGCAUAAAAUGUG